GAUUCCAGUUAAAGAAAGACAAGAAGAACAAACCUUAUUCCCCUGUUCUGCCAAUACUAAUUAAUUUCUGAAAUACCUUUCUUUUCCAUCACACCCUCAUAUAAAAAUAACACCAUGGCAUGUUCUUGGAAUCAUGUUUAUCCGCUCCAGCUCUAGUUUUAUAUUCAUUAACACACACACUCUCUCUUUCUUUUCUUUCUCUCUCUCUCUCUAAUCAAGCUUAGAGGCAACAACAAACACCAUGGGAAGAGCACCUUGCUGUGACAAAGCAAACGUGAAGAAAGGCCCUUGGUCUCCAGAAGAAGAUGCCAAGCUCAAGUCCUACAUCGAACAGCACGGAACCGGUGGUAACUGGAUCGCUUUGCCCCAAAAGAUUGGCCUUAAAAGAUGUGGCAAGAGUUGCAGACUCAGGUGGCUAAACUAUCUUCGCCCUAAUCUCAGGCACGGUAGCUUCUCAGAAGAAGAAGACAACAUUAUUUGCAGCCUUUACGUUAGUAUUGGAAGCAGGUGGUCUGUGAUUGCAGCUCAAUUGCCAGGAAGAACUGAUAAUGAUAUAAAGAACUACUGGAACACAAGGCUGAAGAAGAAGCUUCUAGGGAAGCAGCGUAAAGAACAACAACAACAACACGCACGUAAUAAAGGCAUCAAGCAUGAAAUUAGCAAUAGAUCAUCAAGUGGGGAUCAAUAUUCCUCAUCUUCUUUGGUUGUAAACAACAAUAACAUUACUCAACAGCCAUAUUCUUGGCCACAGGUUAUGCCUGUGUUGCCACAAUUUCCUUACACAAACCAAGGACCGAGUUUCAAUGACCAAGACUCUAUUAAGAAACUUCUAAUCAAGCUUGGAGGAAGAUUCUCUGAUGAUUACUAUCACGAACCCGUCGUAGAUGUGUUGAAUAAUAAUCUUCAAUUCCCUGAUGGUCUUCCUCCAACACAACAAAUUCAUGAAGAACAAGUCCAUGUUGUUGGCUCUUCAGGUGGUUGCAACAUAAACUCCAUUAACAACAGCAACGAAGUGCAAGGAAGUUUUGCAGGAGAAGGAAGUUUCUUAGAAAUGUUGGGGGAAAUGGAAUCUAUUGAACAUUACCAACAAAGGUUAAGUGGGAUAGAGUGUUUCUAUGGGGAGGACAUGAACAUGAUCAACGGUGAUAAGAUCAUAGGGUCUUCCAGCUGUAGCCAAAGUACUAACUGGGGUGACACAAAUAGUAGCAGUCUGAUAUAUUCUUCCCCUCCUCUUGUUGCUUCAAAUUACCAAGAGUCGACGCCACAAGAAUGCGCAUUUCGAGAGCAGAACUACCCGGGGGCGCAAUAGGAACCUUGUAUAUGCAUGAAUUACUAUCACAUUCUAUUCCUUUCUCGCUCUGGGUAUCUAUCAGCUAUCCGCAUGCGGAUCAGAUGUCCACAUAUCAUUACAAAUUAUAAAUUUAUGGAAGUUGGAACUUUUGGAACUAUUUAAAUUUGUAGCAAACAUUAGAAGCUUUGUAUUUGAUUCCCAUUUAGACAGUAAAUUCAGCUUUAUAUAAAGAACUAGCGAUCAAUGUGUCUGAGGGAUCAUGUGCUGAUCUGCUAGUGGAAGUGCCGUUUUAAUUUAUCUGACAUGUUUGUAAAUUUGAGAAUUUAUUUUUAUUA